CGCCCACUAUCACCCCGCUCUUAGUUAACCGUCUAGACUUUUACAUUUACUUAAGAGGAACCCCACCAAACCCCAAUUGGAGGAGAGAGAGAAAAAAAUUAUUAUUCCCUCUCUUCGUCUUCCCGUCUUCCGUCAUCCUUCUUCCUUUUAUUAUUUAUUAAACCUCUCCUCGGUCUACUGAAAAACUUUCUACCAACCCUUACCGGAGCGAGAGAAUCUUUUACUUUGCAUUAUUUUUCUCAACUUGUAGUCCAAUUGACAUUCCAUUCUCAUACAAUGGCUGCUAACGGUUCUACCUAUGCUCUCUCCCAAGAGCACAAGCACUUGCUCGAGAGAUCUCUUCUCGACUCUGAUCCGGAGGUUGCGGAGAUUAUGAAAAAGGAAAUUCAACGACAGCGGGAGUCUAUCAUCUUGAUUGCCUCUGAAAAUGUUACUUCACGCGCUGUCUUCGACGCCCUUGGCUCUCCUAUGUCCAACAAGUACUCCGAAGGUUACCCUGGUGCUCGAUACUACGGUGGAAACCAGCACAUAGACCAGAUUGAGCUUCUCUGCCAGAGGCGUGCUCUCCAGACCUUCCACCUCGACCCGGAACAAUGGGGUGUCAAUGUUCAGUCUCUUAGUGGUAGUCCCGCAAACUUGCAGGUCUACCAGGCUAUCAUGCAGCCCGGAGGCCGGUUGAUGGGUUUGGAUCUCCCCCACGGCGGUCAUCUGAGUCACGGAUACCAGACUCCCUCCCGAAAGAUCUCGGCAGUCUCAACUUACUUCGAGACAAUGCCAUACCGAGUAAACCUCGACACUGGCAUCAUUGACUACGACAGACUCGAGGAGAACGCUCAACUGUUCCGCCCCAAGGUCCUCGUCGCCGGUACCUCGGCGUACUGCCGUGAGAUUGACUAUGCGCGCAUGAGGAAGAUUGCCGAUUCAGUCGGAGCUUACCUUGUCGUCGAUAUGGCCCAUAUCUCUGGCCUGAUCGCAGCUGAGGUUAUCAAGUCUCCCUUCCCCCACGCCGAUAUAGUUACUACUACAACACACAAAUCCCUCCGUGGACCCCGUGGCGCCAUGAUCUUCUUCCGAAAAGGUGUUCGUAGCACCGACCCCAAGACCGGCAAACAGACCCUCUAUGACUUGGAGCCGGCCAUCAACUUCUCGGUCUUCCCCGGCCACCAGGGCGGUCCCCACAACCACACUAUCACUGCUCUUACCGUUGCCUUGAAGCAGGCCCAGACUCCCGAAUUCAAGGCAUACCAGGAGAAGGUUGUGUCCAACGCCAAGACGCUGGAGAACAAGUUCAAGGCUCUCGGCUACAAGUUAGUAUCCGACGGUACCGAUUCGCACAUGGUUCUCCUAGACUUGAGACCCCAGGCCGUGGAUGGCGCUCGCAUUGAAGCUGUCUUAGAGCAGAUCAACAUCGCUUGCAACAAGAACGCCACCCCAGGCGACAAGUCUGCCUUGACGCCUUUCGGUAUUCGUAUUGGAACACCAGCCAUGACCUCGCGUGGCUUUGGAGAGCAAGACUUCGAGCGUGUUGCUGGCUAUAUUGACGAGAGCAUCAAAAUAGCCAAGGAGAUCCAGACUAGUUUGCCCAAGGAAGCUAACAAGCUCAAGGAUUUCCGAGCCAAGCUCUUUGAAGGCGGCAAUGCUAGGAUUGACGAUCUCAGGAAGGAAAUCGCUUCCUGGUCCCAGACUUUCCCUCUUCCCGUCGAGGGAUGGAGACACGAUGCAGGCAUCUAGUAUAUCACGCAUGUAGAUGAAUUACGAUGAACCGGGGAGUUAUUGUUCAACAUAUAGAUUUGAGGGCGAAAGAGGGGCAACUCAACUUUUCUCUAGUUUGUGGAAACAGGUUAGGCUUUAUUACGGAAAACAGGAUGACAAAACAGGACAGUUGCAUGCAUUCAUCAGGCGUUGCAAAUAUCAUAAGAGCUCCGGAGUUUGGUAUAGCUCUGGGGUCUGGGUCAGCGGUAGCACUGCUUCAACGCAGUAGAUUAUAGGGAACUUAUAUCCAUUCGGUGUUUUAUGUGUAGAUAAUAAAGUUGCUAGGAUCUUCGCAUCAGGGCGAAUAUCAAUGCAAUACAUGAAUCUUUA